CUACACGCGCAGAGGUAAGAAAACACACACACACACACACCCAGAGUCAGCAAUCCCCACACCCCCACUCCUCGCCCAAAAUCAAACGCUUCUCCCCUCCAAAACCCCAACGCCUCGCCGUCGCCGGCGUCGCCUCCGCCGCGGGUUCCGCCAGAAGCGAUGCCCCGGAAGCUGCGGGCGCGCCGCAAGAGCCACGCCCUCGCCGGAGCCGCCCCUAACACCGACGUCGUCCGUACCCUCUCCGCAUGGGUAUCCACCCCAGCUCAAACCCUCGCUUCGGUGGCGACACAGGGUCGCGACGACGCGGAGAAGCGGCGGGUGGUCGGUGUGGUGGUGGGAAAGGGCUGCUUGAAGCGGUCGUUGGGUGGUGCGAGCGGCGGGGGUUCCGAUUCGUCCAAAAAGGUGAGCUUUGUGUUGGAGCCCCAGGUGCGGGUCAUGUCACCAGCCGCUGCCAACACAAGGGGGAGGCGGAAGGGCGGGGAGACUGUUCCUGUUCGUGGUGCAGGCGUAGGCGGAGGGAGGCCUCGUCGUCAGACCCGUGUCCAACUUGGUGGUGGUUCUGCUCCAGUGGUAGGGGCACAUGCUCCGGUUAGGCGGUCUAAGAGGAUUGCCAUGAAUUUGGGUGCUGGAGUUGAGCAGCUUACUGCUCCGGCUAAAGCAAUUGCAGCGGCUCCGGCACCUACUGAUUUAGCACCUUCUAACAUAGUUGGAAGUAAUGCUCCCAAGGCUGAGGAAGAAGAUGAGGUAGAAGAAACUGUUGGCAAGACGCGGAACAAGAAGAGAAAGUGCAUGGAUAGUUCUGUGCAUAUGGUUCUCAAUGCACAAAUUGGAGUUCCUCGUAGAUGCACAAGGUCGAGCGGCCGGCUACCAGCAGCCCCUCAUGUGCUUGAGAAGAGAGGGCGGAUGAAGGCAACAUAUGUUAAGGAACAGACAUGUGUUGAGGAGCAAUGUGCUGAAGAUCAAGACUUAGGUAGAACAUUAAAUUCUGGAUUAAUUGCUCUUGAGAGCACGAGAAGUUGCAGCAAGGUGCAAGAAGAUGAACUUGCUGCGCAAAGGGCCGCUAAGGAGGAAACAUCAGGUAGGGCCACAAGAUCAAGCUCAAUAGCAGCUGCUAUGAUGUCUCCCAUUGUCGUUGAGUACAAGAGGACAAGGAACACAGAAGAUGCACGCUCUGAUGGGGAGAUGCCUGUAAUGGAUGCUCCUGUUCUCGGUGGUUUAAGGAGUAGAGCUGGUCAGGGUGACAAUGGUGUGGUGGAGGAAAAUCACUUUGUCAAGAGAAUGGGAAAUAGGAGGGGACCCAGUAAACCAACUACUUGCAUCAACAGGCAUCAACAGCUUGCAUCUUCUAUAGAGGAAGAAUAUCAAGAACAAGUUGUUGCUCCCUUUAAGGCCCGUCCACUGAGGCAAUCUAGGCGAAACCAUUCCGCUGCCAGCGAAUUGCUGUCCGCGCACAAUGCGGCCAAUGACGGCAUAGAGGAUAAUGUGGUGAAGGAAGACGAACAUUUGGUGUUACCAAGGAAUGGCAGAGCUAAGGAUUGUGCUGGUGCAGAGGAGCAAGUGGCCGAGGUGGUAGUGAGAAAAGGAUGUUUGAAGCAUCCAGGGAGUGAUGCGAGCAGUGGCAGCUCCAGUGCUGCCAAAAAGGUGAGAUUUGUGUUGGUGGAGCAGGCAGAAGCGGAGACAGUGGGACUCAGGAGGCCCUGGGUAACAUGGUCCCCGGUUGUUGCCAAGACAAGGGGUAGGCAGAAGGCCAGGGUGACUCUUGCUGGUGCAAAACCAGGCGGAGGAGGGCAUCAGCGGACGAGUGUUGAUGGUGAUUGUGAUGGCGAAGGUGCCGAUGCUGGAGAUGCAGGUUCAGAUGCCCGGUUGAGGUUGUUCAAGACGAAUGUGGGGAAUUUCGGUGCUGUUGAUGGAGUCGAGAAGGUUGUUGGAGCUGCAAGUCGGAAUACCACCUCCAAGGCUGAUGUGGAAGAUGGGGAUGUAGAAGCAGUUGAUAGGAAGCGAAAGGCCAGCGAGAAUGCUGAGGAUAUAGGGCAUGUUUGGUUGAUGACUAGCAUUGCCACAACUAACCUUAGUCAAAUUCUGUCUGCCACAAAAAGUGUGGCAAACAAAAUGGCCACCAAAAUUGUUGCAAACUUUGGCAAGAAACUGAGUAUAUGACAUGUGGACCAUGGUGUAAUAAAGCGUUGUAAUGGACCAAAUAGAUGCCUAAGGAACUGCGGCAUGACUAAGAUACGGUGUGCCAAUGUUAGUCUACAUACCAAGCAUGCCCAUAUUUGUUAGUGCUCAAGUUAGAGUUCCUCUCGUAGAAGCAAGAGGUUGAGUAUUCUCUUGUCGCCGGCCUCUUUCCUGUGGUCUCUGUCGUUAGGAAGAAAGAGAGGGCAGAUAAAGGCAGGAAUGGGCAGACGGUGUGAAGCAACAAAAUGUGUUCGAGGAGUAACCUGUAGGAUUUCUGUAGAAUUCUAAGAUAUGGACUGGGUUUUGGGUGAUCUGAAACCCAUUAAGAUGUUUAUAAUCUGUGAACUCUUUUGGUGAUUUCAGUUCAGGGCAAAUGUUGUAGCCUCUCGGACUAAAUUUAUGAAUGCACUGGUGAUGCACUAA